GUGGAAAGUAGAACAAUAACAAUGAUGUUUAAUCUCACAUUAUAUUUUGUAAUUGUAAAUAUUUUUAUCAAUAUAAUGACAGUUUCUGUAACUACAAAUUAUCUGAAUGAUAGAACUACGAUGGUACAUCUUUUUGAAUGGAAGUGGAAUGAUAUUGCUAAUGAGUGUGAAAAAUUUUUGGGACCAAUGGGCUAUGCAGGUGUUCAAGUAUCUCCUAUCCAGGAAAACGUAAUAAUUGAUUCGAGGCCUUGGUAUGAACGCUACCAACCUAUAUCUUAUCUAUGGCAGACACGUUCAGGCAACAAAGAGGAAUUCCAAUCUAUGGUCUUUCGGUGUAACAAUGUAGGUGUACGCAUUUAUGUGGACAUAGUGCUAAACCAUAUGAGCGCUGAUCACAUUAAUGCCAUUGGUACUGGUGGGUCAAGAGCCAAUCCAUCGACUCGGCACUAUCCGAUGGUUCCUUACAAUCAAACUCACUUUCAUUCAAUUUGCCAAGUCAACGAUUUUCAGAAUAUUGAAAACGUUAGAAAUUGUGAAUUAUUGGGCCUUCACGAUCUGGAUCAAAGUCAGGAGUACGUCAGAGAAAAAAUCAUAGAAGUUUUAAACAAACUAAUAGAGACUGGAGUUGCUGGCUUUCGUAUAGAUGCUGCGAAACAUAUGUGGCCAGAAGAUUUAGCUAUAAUAUAUUCUCGAAUAAAGAAUUUGAACGUUCUUCAUCGUUUUGCUCCAAACUCAAGGCCAUUCAUAUUUCAAGAAGUGAUUGACUAUGGGGGUGAAAUAGUGAGCAAAUAUCAAUACAAUAAGCUUGGCGCAGUUACCGAAUUUCGAUAUGGACGAGAAAUUAGUAAUUCUUUACGUGGAAGAAAUUUACUUAAAUGGUUUAUCAACUGGGGAGAAGCAUGGGGUUUAUUGCCUUCAACAGAUGCAUUAGUUUUUAUUGACAAUCACGAUACCCAGCGGACUCUUGGUGAUAUACCACUGACUUAUAAGACAUCAAAACUUUACAAGAUGGCAGUGGCAUUUAUGUUGGCGCACCCAUAUGGAUAUCCUCGAGUUAUGAGUUCAUUCAGUUUUAACUCUUUCGAAGAUGGUCCACCGUGUGACUCUUAUCACAAUAUUAUCUCAGUAAGCAUUAAUGGAGAUAAAAGUUGCGACAAUGGGUGGGUGUGCGAGCACCGGUGGCGACAAAUUUACAAUAUGGUUGGCUUUCGUAACUUCGUGGGAAGCACAAAUUUAGUUAAUUGGUGGGAUAACGGCUCAAAUCAAAUAGCAUUUUGCAGGGGUAACCGAGGAUUCGUAGCUAUAAAUGCUAAUAGUAUGGAUCUAAAGCAGACAUUACACGUAUGUCUUCCAGCUGGAACAUAUUGUGAUCUCAUAUCGGGAGAGGCGAUUAAUAAAACAUGCACCGGAAAGUCAAUCAAUGUAGACACGCAUGGAAAGGCUUAUAUUGAAAUUCUUAAUAAUGAAUUGGAUGGUGUUUUGGCUUUACGCGGAGAUGUCAAAGUCGCGUGAAAUUACUUAACGAGUAAAGAAUUAUUUAUUGUAUUACGACAUUAUAUAAUAUUAACAAACUCAUAUAAAUAAAUAAUA